AUGCGACCAAUCGCUGCACCAGCAGUCCUGACACUGACACCGACCCCGACACCGACACCGACCCCGACGCUGACGACCGCACAGCUUGUCCAACGCCUGUACCUUCCCGGCACGCCAACAGUCAUUACCGCCAUCGAUGAUCAGCUCAAGCUUCUGCAACAUUCGCCGCAGGGCUGGCAGCUUGCAGAUGCAUUGCUGGCAAGCCCAGACCAGAACGUCCGCUUCUUUGCGGCCUUGACAUUUCAGAUCAAACUCAACAAUGAUGGGACUAAGCUUGACGCUUCAACAGCACAUGCUGUAUUGACGAGAUUGGUCUCAUGGACGGUCCGCCUUGAACGCGCUGGCGAAGGAGACCUCGUUCGCAAAAAGCUGUGCGCUGCCCUAGGAACAUAUUUCCUCAGGUCUUCAGUGCCAUGGAAUCGGCCACUUCUGCAUCUCGCUGCAUCAUUUCAGCAGGGCGAUGCGCUGCAGGACGAACAGCUGCCAGCGGCACACGAUGCACUUGACCAGUUUUUACCCCUUCUCACUGAAUCUCAACUCAUUAUGAUGCUCCAGCUCUGUGGACAGUUGGCGACUGACGCCACGAAAGUCGACACCACAACUCCUGCAUCUGCACAGGUGCAUGAUCAGAUGGAGCAGCUCGUACAAGAUGCAAGCAGACUUAUGCGCUCUGCCCUAGACCGACCUAUAACACCACUCUCCGGUAAAGUCAAGGCAGAGAGCUUGGUGUGCUUCCUGAAUUGGUAUCUCCGACGGCUCGUGAUUCCCUUGGUGGGUCUACUGACGGACGACUUGCUCCAGUCCGAAGCAAUGGACGUUUUCAGAGACAUUCUCGAAAGCUACACCAGCUUCUUCCAGCCUCAGCAUAUGAAUGUCAUCAGCACAGUGAUACAAGAGCACGUGCAGUCCCGACUGUUGCAAGGUCUUCAGGAUAUGGAGCCCGAGGUGCUUCCCGUGGCACAGCUCGUCAUAGCGCAUGGUAUCGCUAAUAUACAACAAAUCGUGGAGCAUCCUGAGCAGAAUAGUACUACCUUGCAGCUAAUUUUCGCAAUUCUCCAAGCCCCGGGCUAUCCUGGAGAUGAAGAUGAAGUGUCCAUACAUACCAUCGAGUUCUGGAACACCUAUAUCGAAUAUGUCAACGAUGUGACAUAUCCAAACACAAGCACUGAGACACAACAGCCCUGGAUUGGCCAAGCAAAGGCGACUUGUACCAAUCUAACUGCACUCUUGUGGCAGAAGAUGAAGACCCCGGAAGCCGAGGUAGCUAAAGAAUGGACAGACGCAGAAUCGGAGGGCUUCAAAGAGUUCCGCAUGGAUGCAUCGGACCUCAUGCUGUCCAUCUAUGUCUUUCUAGGGAGUGGCAUGCUGCAGCAACUGAUCAACCUGGCUCUGAACGCCCUCCAAUCACAAAAUUGGCAGGAUGUGGAAGCCGUGCUCUUUUGCAUCAACACCCUUGCCGACAACGUCCUUGAAGAGCAAGCUGCAGAAGACAUGCUUCUUGCAAUCUUCCGCUCGCCACUAUACCGCAUCGUCGGCGACUUCAGCAUUUCAAUGCCAACUCAGGCACGGCGAACAGCUGUUGACACAUUGGGCGCUUACGGUCAGUACAUCGAGCGACAUGCAGAAUUUCUGCCAGAUACGCUUCGAUUUCUGUUCGCGUCUCUCGAAAACCAAGGGCUAUACCUCAGUGCUGCCAAGUCUAUCGCUUCAUUGUGCUCUACGUGCCGAAGUAGUCUGACGGGCGAGCUUGAUGGCUUCUUGGCACAAUACAAUCGUUUCGCUCAAAGCGAGACGAGCGAGCCGUACACCAACGAGAAAGUCAUUGGUGCUAUUGCAGCGAUCAUACAAGCUGUCACACCAGACCAAGCCAAGGCAGGACCUCUUAGUUCACUACUUGAUAUUGUCGACGGCAUGAUCGCGAGCGCACGACAGUUCGGACAGCAGUCAAACCCAGAAAUGGCCAAUGUCUUUGGCACAUCGGCCAUCGAGUGCCUGGCUGCCAUUGGAAAGAAUUUGCAAUCAGAGGACGACACGCCAAUCGACCUCUACGAGGACCAAAUCAAGCCCAAGGAUCAGGAAAGCUUUUGGCUCUCACAGGACGGCCUGGCCAUUCAAAACCGAAUCUUGGCGAGCUGUCAGAACGUGCGACAACUCCUCCCGUCCUCAAGCGAGGUCGUAGAAGGCAUCUGCAAAGUUCUCAGGAGCGGCUAUGCAGAGACGGAGCCUGGUCCAUUCGUCUUUCCGCCCUCCUACACCGUCGCCUUCCUGAAGACGUGCUCAAUUCAUACACCCAACGUCGAGACAGUCCUGUCUAUGACAGGCACACUAGUCCUCCAAUACUCUCGCAAAGACCAGCCACAAGUCGACGAUGUUGUCGCCGACAUCUACCAGCAUGUAGUCACCUUCGUCCAGGCCCUACAGGACCCCACCAAAGAUCCCGGAGUAGCACAAGGCUGCAUCGACGUCUUCAACCGCAUGAACCCUCGCUACACCCACAUCUUCCUCGACGCCUCCGGCACAGGCGAAUCCACACAGCUCGUAUUAAACUUCGCCUUAAAAGCUCUCGACGGCCAAGACCUCAUGCCCAAACGCGCAGCUUGUGACUUCUGGGCAAACCUCGUGAAACCUCCCACUGCACCAAAAGACGAAGCGAUCAGACAAAGACUGUCACAAGCCGUUAUCGCCUAUGGUCCUCUUCUGACCCAAGCACUCAUGAAUCAAAUCACGGGUCGUGGUCAACGCAGCGAACUCGAACAACUGUGCGAACCGCUCAAAGCGCUAAUUUCAACUCAGCCGGCUUCUAAGACUUGGAUGGAAGCGGCACUUUCCCAGAUCACGCCGGCCAAUCCUAGUGCUGACGAUGAGGCUGAGAAACGUCGUUUUGUCGCCGCUCUACUCAGUGUGAGAGGUGAUACGAGGAAGACUAGAGAUUUGGUCAAGAAUUUCUACGCUUCUUGUCGUGGCACGGUGGUUGCUUAUAGUCAGUUGAGGUAA